AGGGGAUCCGAUGUAACGGGGUGGUGCCGUGUUACUGUUUGGGACGGUAUCUGCGGGUUCCUUCUCUCCUCUCUCCUUCCUUCGUUUCACCAACUUCUGUCACCCUGUCUCCUGGGUUAUAUGUUCACUUACGAACCGCUGCAAGCUGGAGAGCAAGCACGCGCAGCUGGAUGUGCAGUAUAAAGCGGCGACCCCGCAGAAGAAAAUGAAGAAACGGAAGGAGCUGAAUGCGCUCAUCGGUCUCACCGGCGACGGCAAGAAAAAGAAGUCGAAGAAAAGCUCCGGGCACCAACUGCUGCUGAGGACCGAGCCCACGGCCUCGGAAUCAGAAUCGUCCUCCGAUUUCGACGAGUUCGCUGAACCGGCCUCCGGCUCCUUCUUCGCAAAGGCAGGCUAUGUGAAAUGCUGCAAGAUUUGUUAUCCACUGUGCGCAUUUGUUAUGCUUGCUGCUUGUGUAGUAGCUUGUGUUGGUUUGGUCUGGAUGCAGGUUGCUCUCAAAGAAGAUUUGGAUGCACUGAAGGAAAAGUUUAGAACAUUGGAAUCUAGUCAAAAGGCCUCGUUUAGUGACAUUCCAAAGUUAAAUGAAGAUCUUCUUGCAAUCCAGAAGGAUCUUACUAACCUAGAUGCUGGUGACAAAGGAAUUAGCAAAAUAUGGACCAACAUCACAGAACUAAAUAAACAAAUUAACCAACUGAAUUCAGCUGUUGCUCAUUUAAAAGCCAACGUCAAAUCAGCAUCUGAUCUAAUCAACCUUCCAGUCACUGUGGAAGAACUCCAGAAGAGUGUUGCCACAAUUGGGAGCACGCUUACUAGUGUUCAGAAUGAUGUUGGUACUAUAAAAGCAACCUUAGAAGAUCAGAAGAAAAAAAUGGAGACACUUCAGCAAAAUGAGGAAAUCCUGGACGUGCAAGAUGAAUUAAAUGAGUUGAAUGCCACCCUUCUGUUUUACCACACCCGUAAUGACCAAAGGCUGCAAUAUAUUGAUUUAAAUGUUCGUAAUCUGAGCCAGAGAGUUACCUUGCUGGAAAGGAAUUUUCCAAUUACUGAUGGUGCUAAAAUCAAGAGCAUGAAUAGCACUAUGCAAAAUGACAACAUUCAAGUGCCAAAUUUUAGGGAAAGGUUGAAGGUUAUGGUCAAUGCUCUCGCCAACAAAUCAGCUAAUCUAGGUAAUACAAGUGUAGUCAACAAUCAAGCUAACACAAGCUCAACUUCUACAGUGAAUCCCUUAAUUUCUCCAAGAAUUCCAGUAAAAGCAACAGCUAAUAAAAACAGUAAAAGGAAUGUCAAAUUAAAACACCUAUCAUUACCUGGGAUUAAUAGUUUAAAAGCUCUGCAGGACCUGUUCCUUCACUCUUCUGAUGGCCAACUUUCUUACCAAGAACUUUACAAAUUAUUUGGUACGCAAACCCCUGAUCCUGAAGAACUUCGACAGUUUGAUGCUAAUGAAGAUGGAAGGUUCUCCCAAACAGAACUCAUCAAUGCAAUUGGUUCAUAGGAAACUGAACAAACUUCUAUUUGGACUGGUGGAAUUUUUUUUAACAAUUGAAGUACUGACUUGUGAUUGCUACAAUUGCACUUUUUAAACAGUGUUUCAUUAUUAUGUUUAGGAUACUUAGAAUAAAUAUUCCUAACUUUAGCUUUGGACUUGCCCAGACAGUGUUUUAAUGAAACAGACAGCAUUGAAUUGAGAUACCUGAGCAAGGGUUCAAUCAUUCAAGAUAAAUUCUUUUCGUUUAAAAUUUCACUCUAAGAAUAAACUGGCUUAUUACACUAUACAAAAUCAAACUACUGGGAGAAGAUUAAAGUAAAUUAAUUCAUAUUUUGAACCUUCCACUGGUGCUGAAAGAAGGAAGUUUGCCAGUGUGAGCUCACAUUUGUGUCUGCACCAGCAACCUGCACUGCCCCCCCCCCACCCCAACCUCGCGCCUGCCCUACAUAACUAUCCAGUACUUUCAGAAAUUUUUCUCAUUUUAAAUGGGAAGAUUACUUUUUAGUCAGCUUUGAGAACUGGAAUAAUUUGUGACUGCUUUUCUUGAGGUUUACAUUUCCUGAUCUACAUAGCAUUGCCAUCUUAGAAAAUUUUCAAAGAUCAGCAAGUGUCCCAUAUGUAAAUGGAACUACUUUUGUGCAGGUAAUUAAAAUGGCCAUCAUUUUAGUUUUGUGACUUAAUGCUUGCAAUUCACAAUGUGCAGAUUAUAAGCAGUUACCAGCAAAAUUAAACUUGCGGAAUUUACUUAUACUGGCUACUUGGAAGGUGCGUUAAAAGGCUUGCCUUCAUGAAUGUGACAAGUUUCCUUGAGGUUUCUGCUCUCAGUUUGAGUCUCAUAGUACAUUGACACAAUUCAAAACUAGUGUAAAGUGUUGUAAACAAAUGCUGCAUUUUGUCUUUGUUUUUAUUAAUUUACAGAUUUACUUUUAAAUCAUUCUCUAGUUUAAAAAUGUGUGCAUCUUUAACUUAAGUCUCUGACAUGAGUCUCUCUCCUAGUUGCUGUAGUUCAGUCAUAAAUUUAUUUAACUGCAGAGCUAACAAGUACACUUAGUGGUUUGCAGGACUAUAGAGUUUGUACAAAGUUUUCUUUGACUUGAAUAAUUUUUCACAGUUUAUUUUAAGGUGACAAAAUAAUUGUAAAAUAUAAAUGUAGAUAGUCAACAAUAUAUUUCUAAUGUUGAAAUUAAAAUCAGCAACUGAUGUCCCUAGCAUAUGCUUAGCAAUAAAGUAACAUUUUGGCUAAGAGAUUUCAUUUGAUAUUGAUUUUUGAUUCCAAGAUAACAUAAUAUUCUGAAUGAAAGCUCACCUCCAAUACAAUUCACAAAUGCAAAAAUUAAGUUGACAACUGUGGAAGAGUUUUAACUGUUGGUAUAAGAAUACAGGAUUUCCCAAUUCUCAUUGAUUCCUGGACACGGGCUUUAUUAUUGAAUCAUAGUAUUUUAUGGACAGGUUUUUAAUCAGAAUUUUAACUUUAUUGUAAACUAUUAGAUCUUGUCCAAUAAUGGCCUCUUUAAUUAUACUAGCAAUAAGAUCAACCUUUCCAGUAUUUGUGUUAUUCAGUUUUGCAGAGGUUUGUAGAAAGGUUGGUCUAAUUUUGUAAACUGGGUACAGGGAGAAAAUGCAAUUCAUGUUGUUUGCACUGUUAGUUGUUGGCUAAAUUAUAUACAUAUUAUAAACACAAUGCUGGUGGUGAUGCCUAAGGCUGAAUGCUAGGCAAAUGCUUUGAAUAAAACUGCUUCGGAGCUGGGACAUUUUGGAACUACUGUUUGUAUGGUAGUCCAUAAUUAUCUUGUGAAAUUUAAAAUAUUUAAAUACUCCUUUAAUUGUAUACAAUGUACCAAAAUAUAUUUUUGAAAUGUUAUUCCUACAAUAAAAGGGUUAGUUGUAUUAAAGUAAUAA